UCUCAUGCUCAGGCCAUGGAAGAGUGUUCUUGGAUAGCAUGAUCGUUGAUGGAAAGAAAGAGCCAGUCUGUGAAUGCAACUCUUGCUAUGGAGGUCCCGAUUGCUCCCAGUUUGAUCCUUCCUGUCCUGCUAAUGCUGAUAGGCUGAAGUUCAAUUGCCCUAAGUUGACCCUUUUAAGAUUUUUCCAAGAAAAAGACAUGACAAAUUACAGAAUGGAAUCAGAUGGGUGUAGUUACUUAUUAGAAUAAGGUGCCACACUGACUAAUUGGUGUACUAAGAGUUGAAGUGACAGAGCAAAUUUAUCAUUUUGCUAUUUACUGUAUCAAGUCAUCACAAAUACUGUAGAAAAUACCAUGUAUACACUUAUCAAUGGGCCAAUUGGUAUAAAUUCGUGAUAAAGCUCCUAAGGCUUCUCAGUUGCCAACACUUAUGCUGCAUUCUACACCAUGAUUUGCUGUUUUAGCUUUCUGUUGUUUUUAAGUGUUUCUUUUAAUAUAUUAUGUAAUCAACGAUAUCUUGUCCCAUUUCUUUGUUUACAAUUCCUCUAGUUUGCAUUUUUUCUUGCUCUGUAAUUCUGAUGGAUUGUGUUGUAGGGGAGCCUACUGGCUUGGUAAUUUCACAGCACACAUCCAUAUUUUUCCCAUUCUGAAAAAUUAAAAAUAAUAAAACUUUUUUAUGAAAAAAGAAGAAAAAAGAAAAAAGAAAAAAGAACCAUGUUCUUUAAUUAUUGUGGCUAUAUCAUCAAGAUCAACACAGCCUUUGUAUAUUGUAACAGUGGGGAUCCAUUGUUCCUGGAGCCCUUCUGGAUGCAGAAUGCCGCCGGCAGUGCUGUUGUAGUAGCAGGAUGGCACCGAAUGAGCUACGUAUACAGUGAUCAAUCCUUAAUCUCAUUAGAACUCGAAAGGCACAUCCGCAAGCUCCAUGCCACUGUUGGGAAUGCAGUAACAGAAGGAAAAUAUAUUAUUUUUGGUGCUGGCUCAACCCAACUCCUUCAUGCUGCAGUUAAUUCUUUAUCCCCUGAUAACUCCUCAUCCCCUGCCAGAGUUGUAGCUUCAAUCCCAUUUUACCCGGUUUAUAAACAACAGACAGACCUUUUUCACUCGCUGAAUUUCAGGUUUCAAGGAGACACAUCAUUAUGGAGAAACAACACAGAUACAAAUGCAGAGAUGAUUGAGUUUGUAACUUCACCAAACAAUCCUGAUGGACAGCUGAACAAAGCAGUUCUUGAAGGCUCUAAUGUGAGAGCAAUCUAUGAUCAUGCUUACUUUUGGCCACAUUUCACAGCAAUUCCAGCUCCAGCAGAUGGAGAUAUGAUGCUAUUUACACUCUCCAAGCUCACCGGUCAUGCUGGAUCCAGAUUUGGGUGGGCAGUGAUAAAGGAUGAGGUUAUCUAUCAAAGAAUGCAAACAUAUCUGAAAUUAAAUACACUUGGAGUUUCUCGAGAGUGUCAGUUACGAGCUCUGAAGCUGCUGAAAGUAGUCCUUCAAGGAGGAAAUGCUAUAUUUGAAUUUGGACAGGAGACAAUGAGGAAACGCUGGGAAAGAUUGAGCAAGACAGUAUCAAUGUCAAAGCGAUUCUCGAUCCAGAAAAUACCGCCCCAAUACUGCAUCUACUUCAAGAAAGUCAGGGAAGCAUCCCCAGCUUAUGGAUGGCUCAAGUGUGAGAGAGAAGAAGAUAAAGACUGUUAUGCAGUCCUUCAGGGAGGGAAUAUCAUCGGUCGUCCUGGUAACUUGUUUAAUGUUGAAGAUGGGUAUGUGCGUAUCAGCCUGCUCAAGAGACAAGAUGAUUUUGAUUUACUGAUUGACAAGCUGAACCAGCUGGUCUCUGAGGAAGAUGGUCCCAAAAGCAUUUGAAGAAUUUAAAAUCCAAAACUUUAUAAAUCAAGAUUUCCCUGUAAGAGUUCCUGUUCCUUCUCCAUCUAUGUUAAAGAGAAAAAGAAAAUGCGUACAGAUAAAAUGGUGAUGUUUUGUUGACCUUAAUCAUUGUGUAAAUUACAUGAAUUGAAGGGGUCAAUGUCCCUGGAUUAUUUGAAGAGGUCAAUGUCUAUUGACCUGCUCAAUAAUAUGUUGAUAAUAUAAAGUAUGUAUUUUUUUACUGAUAA